AUGACGCUGCCUGGACUGGCGGACCUUGGUUUUUUUUUCGGGAGACCCUUUAUUUUACAACAAUGGAAUCCUAAGUUCAUUCCCAAGCGCGAUGAGUUCACCUCCAUCCCUAUCUGGGUAAAGAUUGUUGACCUUCCGCUGGCUGUUUGGAACCCUCCGGGCAUCUCCAAAAUCGCUAGUUUUAUCGGCCAUCCUUUAGCAGUCGACGCUUUAACUGCUCGAAAAACCCGUCUAACCUUUGCUAGGGUCUGCAUCUUGGUGACAAGCAAAUCUACUUUUCCCGAUGAAAUUCCUAUCUCUUUAGAUGGUGAUGAUGUCAACCUUAAAGUCAUCUAUGACUGGAAACCCACUCCUUGCUCUGGCUGCGGCUCUCUCGUCCACCCUCCCAAUCUUUGCCCCAAAAAUCCUCAACCGAAAACGGUGAUUCCCUUUCAACCCAGAGCCAGAAGCAAAAGCAGACCCAGAGGUAGACCUCCUCUCCCCCCCUCCCCUUCUCCUGCUAUCCUUUCUUACCCUCCAUCUACCACUGCCAAUCUUCCACCUACUGCCGCCGAUCCUCCUCCAAUAGUCGCUCCCAGCCAUGAGGAGGAAAAGUCUAAAACCAACUCCCCUGUCUCUGUCCCAAUUCCUAAUUUAAACCUUCCCUCCUCUGUUGUCCCCGAAGAUCCUUCUUCCUCUUUUACUAAGACUCUACCUUCCCCCUCGAUCACUAAUGAUCCAGGUGAGGAGGAAUUCAUUACUGUCCCGUCCUCUCCAAAAAAUAAUCGCAAAACCACUCCUCCUCCGUGGAUCAAACCCACUGGAAAUCUCUCUACCUCACCAAACAAAUUUGACCCGCUCCUCUUAGAAGAUUCUACUGAGCAAUCCGGAGAAUCAGAACACUCCUCUAGCAACAUCAUUCCUCUUUCUGAUGAACCUCCUGAUCCCAAACAACACAGCCAAAAACAGCCUGCUAAAAAUCCCAAGACCAAAAGCGCUAAGAAGGCGCAAAAAUCCACUAAGUCUAAAUGA